CAAAAAGACAAAGGAGGAUCUCGACAGUCUCGGCUUCGUCUUGCACUAGCAGUCCUCCCGAUCGACCCCCCCCCGGCCGCUGCUCUUGCCCAUCUCGCCUUGGCACCUGCCUUCAUUCCGUCUCCGUCUGUGAUCAUGUCUCCCUCGGCUCCAGCUUCAGCUUCGGCUCCGGCCACCAAGCAGUUCCAAGACAAGGAAAAGCCCGCCAACGUCAGAUCCAGCAACAUCGUCGCUGCCAAAGCCGUUGCCGAUGCCGUCCGCACUAGCUUGGGCCCCAGAGGCAUGGAUAAGAUGAUCCAAACCGGCACUGGCGAAGUUAUCAUCAGCAAUGACGGCGCCACCAUCUUGAAGCACAUGUCUGUUCUCCAUCCCGCUGCCAAGAUGCUGGUCGACCUGUCCGCUGCUCAGGACGUUGAGGCUGGCGAUGGCACUACCUCUGUCGUUGUCCUCGCCGGCAGUCUCUUGAACGCUUGCGAGAAGCUCUUGGAGAAGGGUAUCCAUCCCACGACCAUCGCCGAGUCCUUCCAGCGAGCUGCCCAGAAGACCACCGAGUUCCUCACCGAGAUGUCGACGAAGCUUGCCCUGACUGAUCGCGAAUCGCUGCUCAAGAGCGCCAGCACUUCAUUAAACUCAAAGAUUGUCUCGCAAUAUUCGACCCUCCUGUCGCCCAUUGCUGUCGACAGUGUCCUUAGCGUCAUCGAUCCCCUCACGGCCACCAACGUUGAUCUGCGCGAUAUCCGCCUGGUCAAGAAGGUCGGAGGCACCAUCGAUGAUACACAGCUGGUCGACGGCCUGAUCUUGACCCAGAAUGCUGUCAAGAGCGCCGGUGGUCCCACCCGCGUCGAGAAGGCCAAGAUUGCCCUCGUCCAGUUCCAGCUCUCGGCCCCCAAGCCCGAUAUGGACAACCAGAUUGUCGUCAACGAUUACCGGCAAAUGGACAAGAUUCUCAAGGAAGAGCGCCAGUAUCUCCUCAGCAUGUGCAAGACCAUCAAGAAGGCCGGCUGCAACGUCAUUUUUGUCCAAAAGUCCAUUCUCCGCGAUGCUGUGAACGAUCUGUCGCUCCACUUCCUGGCCAAGCUGAAGGUCAUGGUGAUCAAGGACAUUGAGCGCGACGAGGUCGAGUUCAUCUGCAAGUCCACUGGAUGCAAGCCCAUUGCCGACAUCGAGUCCUUCACCGAAGACAAGCUCGGCUCUGCUGAUGUCGUCGAGGAGGUCGAGAGUGCCGGCGCCAAGGUCGUCAAGGUCAGCGGCGUCAAGGUCAGCGGCAAGACGGUCUCGGUUUUGAUCCACGGCUCCAACCCCCUUGUUCUUGAAGAGGCCGAGCGUUCUCUCCACGAUGCUCUCUGUGUCAUUCGAUGCCUUGUCAAGAAGAAGGCUCUGAUCGCCGGCGGCGGUGCCCCCGAAAUCGAGGCCUCCCGCCGUCUGUAUGCCUACGCCAAGACGCUCAAGGGCAUGGAGGCCUACUGCUUCGAAGCCUUUGCAGAGGCCCUGGAAAUCAUUCCCACCACUCUUGCUGAGAACGCGGGUCUGAACCCCAUCAGCAUCGUCACCGAGCUCCGAAAUCGACACGCCAAGGGCGAAACAAUGGCCGGCAUCAACGUCCGCAAGGGUCUCAUCACCAACAUUCUUGAGGAAAACGUUGUGCAGCCGCUGCUCGUUUCCACCAGCGCCAUCGAGCUUGCUGCCGAGACCGUCAAGAUGAUCAUGAAGAUUGAUGACAUUGUUACCGCUCGAUAAUCGUCUCGCCCGCUUGUCGCGCUGCCCAUUAGACCUGCAGCGUCACCACAUGCAUAGCAGCACCGAGAACCCGUGUAUGCAAUACAUCCAGCCACUGUAUUGAUGGAA